AUGGAGUUCGCCAACGAUCCAUAUGAUUUGAACAACGAGGCUUGGAUGUCUGCCAUGGUGGUGCUGGAAGUGCUUCUGGUUGGCAAGACUCUGUGGCUGGUAGUUCAGAAACGCAAAUCAUUGACAGACUUUGUAUGCAGAUGCCGCCAUUUCGUCUCAUGGUGGUCGCACGAUCAGAGCAAGUUCAGCCAUGAGGAACAGAGAGUCAUCAAUAGCCGGGUACGACAAGCCCGAGCGGUGCUGGCCGUCAGUGUGAACAACUAUUUCCUCGUCUUGUGGCUGUUGGUCUGUGUGCUGGCGCAGGUGAACAUCUUUAGAGGAGUGUCCAGGUUCAUGUCAGCGCAGUUCACAUGGCACAAUGUCAUCUCUUUGGCUUUCUUCAGCGCUGGCUUCCUUGUUCCGUCGCUGCUGCGUCCCAGCACACUGGAUGUGUGGUACGUUUGUGUCAUGAUCAUAGUUACAUCUCUGCUUGCACCCGGGGUCACUUCGCCAGCUCAGAGCGUCUUGUUGAUGGUAGUCUCAUUUGCCUUGGUUCGAAUUCCGGCAGUGCUUGGUUGUACGCGACCAUGGUUGGUGCUUUGCUGCGAGCUGGGGUUGUAUGUUGUAUCCAGAAUUCGGACAACCGACGACGGAGACCACAGUUUUGAGUCCGAUGUAGACGUCGGCGCAGCUCAAACCACUUUGUGGAGCUGGCUCCUCGUGUCGGCGGCUGCUUUGGCAGUGCAACGAGCUUUGCAAAGCCGAGAAGCACAGGGCUUGCUGAUCAGCAACACUACAACGGAGCUGUCAGCAGCGACGUCUCUUCUCGAGCUUACCUGCGACGCGGUGGUGGAGCUCGAUGGUGACUUACAGCUCACGGCUCCAGGUGCCGACAUCGCUUCUAUGCUGUUGAAGGAUCCGAGCGUGUCGCUGCAAGGCAAGUGUUUCACAGAGUUUGUCGCGACAAGCGACGAGGCAGAGCGGGCAGAACAGCUCCUGAGGGGGUCCGACAAAGGUGUCCACACGGACGCUUUCCACACACGGCUGGUCGAUAGCUGUUCCAGCAAGUUCCGCACGGAGGUCUUCCACGUGAGCUACAGCCGACUGGGUGGACAGACUCGCCAUCUGCUGGGUUUGCGGGACUUCACGGAUCAAGCCUCACUUGCGGGGCGCAGGGCCGUGGACAGCACCGUGGCCCGAGGAGCAUUUGAGGAGGGCCAAGGCAAUGGGAAUGACCUGCAGAGCUUGCAGAGCCGAUCUGGAGCAGAGGUGAACCGACUAGAAGAAACUCGGCACCUUGUUUUCAUGCAGAUCGACAUGGACAGCUUGCAAGUUGUCACGGCAUCAGUUCGCACCCCUUUCUUCGCAGGCAAGCAUUUGGACGAGAUCUUUGGUGAGGCAGAGAUGAACUUUUUCCAGCAGGUCUGGCAGCAGGUGCAAGUUCUUGAUCGGCGCGAAGAGCUGUCGACCAAAGAGCUCACUGUCACAUCUUUGUACUUGCGGUGGAAGUCCAAGGAGGCCUGCGUUUCUGGGCGUAUCGAGGUCACGAAGCAGUCAGAUGGGCGGCUUGGCUUCUUGUUCUGCUUCGAGGAGCCUGAUGCAGAGCGAUCGGCAGCAUCGAGGCCCCGUUCUCGAUCGAGAUCCUCGUCUCGCUCUUCGCGGCGGAAACACUCCAGCAGGCGUGCGAGCUCGGGAGACGGAAGGCGAUCUAGCCACUCUGGUCAUGAUUUCACUCAGGUCUUACAAGCAUCACUUGCAUUGUAG